CGGCUUUGGUCACAACAAGACACUUGUGUACAACGCAAACCUUCUUCUCCAAAACCCAGUUUUCAGUUUCUCUCUCUCUCUCUCUCUGUUCCGCACUAAUCUUCUAUUCAUUCUCUCUUACCUUUUUUUUUAUCGACACCAUGACGGUCGCCGGCGACGGGUAAAUAGUAUCACCGGAAUAACACGGUGGGACAACGAGAUCUAAAAUUCAACCAAUUUGGAGCUUUUUUAUUUGGAGAUUUAAUUGGGGUUUUUUGCCAUUGGUCAGAAGAUUGUCCCUACUUUGGAUACUCGCUCGUGUUGAGAUGUGUGUUACUAUUCUUUGAUGGAACAAAUAAAGAGAUGGAGAUUGUUUUGGAGCAACGCACUGAAUCUGUCUAUGAAUACUGGGACAAGUGUUUCCCAACUGAGUAACAGCUGCUGUAAUGAUACUUGAAGAAGAACAGUCUUGACAAAAAAAAAGAUUUCUUGUUUGUAUUUUUCUUUCUUUUCUUUCUUUCCUUUUCUUUUGGGGGUUUUGGUUGGAUUCUUUUUGUAUUCAAAUUAGCAAUAAUGGCGGCUGAAGAACAUUCUCCUGAGACAAGACAAGUCUCUAACUCUGUUUCUGUUGUAGAGAAUGAUGCUCAACGCCCGAGGCUGGGGUCAAGCGACUCGCUUCUCCCCGGUCUUAUCGACGACGUCGCUCUAAACUGUCUCGCUUGGGUUCCAAGAACAGACUACCCUUCUCUCUCCUGCGUAAGCAAAAACUACAACAACUUGAUCAAGUUCAAUCAUCUCUUCGCUCUCAGAAAAGAACUCGGAAUAGUCGAGCAUCUCGUCUUCAUGGUCUGCGACCCUAGAGGCUGGCUAACGUUCUCUCCCACGAAAAACAAAUGGACGGUGCUUCCCAAAAUACCCUGCGACGAGUGCUUCAACCACGCGGACAAAGAGUCUCUGGCCGUGGACGACGAGCUCCUCGUCUUCGGGAGAGAGCUUUUCCAGUUCGCGAUAUGGAAGUACGGUCUGAGGUCUCGGCGGCGCUGGGUCAAAUGCGAAGGGAUGCACCGUCCUCGCUGCUUGUUCGCUUCGGGGAGCUCGGGAGGGAUCGCUAUCGUGGCUGGAGGGACUGAUAUGAUGGGGAAUGUAUUAGCCUCUGCGGAGAUUUAUGAUUCUUCUUCCGGGAGGUGGGAGAUGCUUCCCAACAUGCAUUCGCCUCGGAGGCUUUGCUCCGGGUUCUUCAUGGACGGGAGGUUCUACGUGGUUGGAGGGAUGUCGAGCCCUAACGUGUCGGUCACGUAUGGGGAAGAGUUUGAUCUCGAGACGAGGAGAUGGAGGAAGAUCGAAGGGAUGUAUCCGAACGUGAACAGGGCGGCGCAGGCGCCGCCUCUCGUUGUGGUGGUGAACAACGAGCUGUUCACGCUUGAGUAUUUGACCAACAUGGUGAAGAGGUAUGAUAAGGAGAGGAACGAGUGGGAAGUGAUGGGGAGGUUGCCGCCGAUGGUGGACUCGUCUAACGGUUGGGGGUUGGCGUUUAAACCGUGCGGUGAUCGGUUGUUGGUUGUUUGUGGGCAGAGAGGGAGUAACGGUGAGGGGAUUGUUGUGAAUGCUUGGUGUCCGAAGACGGGUGGUAGAGAUGGGAACUUGGAUUGGAAAGUGAUUGGUGUUAAAGAGAAUGUUGGUGUCUUUGUUUAUAACUGCGCAGUGAUGGGUUGUUAAAAAAAGUUAAAGGAAUCAAUCUUUUUUGGUUUCUUCGACUUGGAAGUUGGGUUUGUGAUACAUCAGAUCUUGUCUCUGUGGUUCGGUCUUCAACUUGGAAGUUUUUGUUUGCUAUUUUUCUUUCUGCUUGGGAUUAACAUGCUUUUGUGUUUGUUUCUGAUUUUUAUUUUUUAUUUGUGUAAACUGAAAAAGGAAAGAAAAUUCAUUACUC